GUGGUUCUCUCUUCAACCCUUAGGCUAGCCAUGGAAGUGGGUGGUUCUUUGUUGGCUGUUAUACCAAUCUUUUGUGGACUUAUGGUGUUGAGAUGGCUUCUCAGAAAUGUGAAUUGGUGGCUCUAUGAGCGUCCUUUAGGUGAGAAGCAGUACUCUCUACCUUUAGGAGACUUGGGAUUGCCCUUCAUUGGAAAUAUGUGGUCUUUUCUCUUUGCCUUCAAGUCUGGUCAUCCUGAAUCCUUCUUGGCCUCCAUUGUCUCCAAAUACGGAAACAAUGGAAUAUACAAGGCGUUGAUGUUUGGGAAGCCAAGUGUGAUUGUGACAACGCCAGAAGCGAGCAAGAGGGUUUUAAUGGAUGAUGACAAAUUUGAGCCUGGUUGGCCAGCUUCCACAGUGGAGCUCAUGGGAAAGAAAUCAUUCAUUUCAAUUCCUUAUGAAGAACACAAGCGUCUAAGGCGCCUGACUUCUGCUUCCAUCAAUGGCAUGGAUGCCUUGUCCUUUUACUUGACCAAAAUUGAAGACAUUGCCAUAUCUUCAUUGGACAAAUGGAGCAAGAUGGGAGAGAUUGAGUUUCUCACCGAGCUGCGAAGAUUCACCUUUCGUAUCAUCAUGCAUAUUUUCUUAGGCUCUGAGGGAGACGCUGUUAUGCAUAAUCUGGAAAAUGAGUACACAGCCCUAAAUCUUGGUGUUAGAGCUAUGAAAAUCAAUCUUCCUGGAUUUGCAUAUCACAAGGCCCUUAAGGCUAGGAAAACUCUAGUGGAUGUAUUUCAAAGCGUUGUGGAUCAAAGAAGAAAAGAAAGGAAUGAAAAUGUUCAUUAUAGAAAAUCUAGAGACAUGAUCGAUGGUCUAAUGGAUGCAACAGAUGAAAAUGGAAAGAAAUUGGACGAUGAACAAAUUAUUGACAUCAUGUUAAUGUAUUUGAAUGCUGGUCAUGAAUCUUCAGGUCACACUACAAUGUGGGCCACAGUUUACUUGCAACAACACCCAGAAAUUUUCCAGAAGGCUAAGGCUGAACAGGAAGAAAUCAUCAAAAGAAGACCUCCAACACAGACUACCUUGACACUCAAGGAAAUUCGACAAAUGGAAUAUCUUUCUAAGGUGAUUGAUGAAACUAUGCGUUUGGUUACAUUUUCGUCGAUGGUGUUUCGGGUAGCAAAAUCUGAUGUGAAUAUUAAUGGCUACCUUGUUCCCAAAGGAUGGAAAGCUAUUGUUUGGUUCAGGGCAAUUCAUUUUGAUCACAAGAUAUAUCCAAAUCCUUUGGAAUUUAAUCCUUCCAGAUGGGAUAAUUUUAUACCAAAAGCUACAGAGUUUAUGCCAUUUGGAGCUGGAAGUAGACUUUGUCCAGGAAAUGAGCUUGCAAAGCUGGAAAUCAUAGUUUUCCUUCAUCACUUUCUUCUCAAUUAUCAGCUUGAACGUCUCAAUCCUAAGAGUCCUGUUAUGUACCUUCCACAUACAAGGCCUGUUGAUAACUGUGUGGCUAGGAUUCAUAAGAUAUCCAAAGCGUGAUUAGCCUUGGAGGGAUACUAAAUGAACACAACAUCCGCAGUUUUUAUUUGGUCUUUUUUUUUUAAUUAGUAAUUUCUCCAUAUAUGUAAGUUCCAUGGAGAAUUCCUUGUUUGGACAUCUUAUAUAUGUGUCAUUGAUGCUGCUAAUCAUAAUAUGUAAUAAUAUUCCGGAUGCUAUG